AUGAUGUACACGAUAGAAAGUGUGGCAGAAGUGAAGUUGCACGAAGAACACCACAACCGAUUUGCCAAUAUCAGUGAAGUCCAGAUAUCGCUAUACCGUCUCAACUUAUGGCUAAGAAAGGAGUGUCACUACUUGUCCAAACACGGUUACAUAUUUCGAAUUCGCCCUGAUUCACAGUCCUCCCUUAGACGACAAGUGGAGAAAGUGAUUGAGGGUUCUACUUGUUACAUUGCUGGUAUUGCAAUUACUGAACCGCUGCUCUCCGCACAGUGUUCAUCUACAGGAGAGCUUAUCUCAGACGGUAAUCCGAUUAUCGGUGUGAAUCGACUUUGGACUCAUCCCACAGCAAGAAUGAAAGGGAUCGCUCGUGAAAUUCUUGACAUAGCGAGAAAAUGGUGUUUUACUGGAAUUUUUGUGCCAAGACAUAGGGUUGCAUUCAGCGAUCCAUCAGAUGAUGGCAAACGAUUUGCGGAGAGAUACAUGAAGUAUGUGAGAAUUUGUCUUGUGAUUUAUAUAAACAAACUAUUCCUAAUGAAUUUGGUCUAA